UCCGCCUGCGCGAAUGGCAGCUCUUUCUUCGCCGUCACAGCUUUGUUGGCGUUAUGUGCAUCUCCUGUCGCCAGUGUUUGUCGCGAUCCCUCCCAGGCCUCGGGUGGAGAGCCAUGUAACUUUAGAAUCGCCGGUCGUGCGGGAAGGCCGCUCGAUUCCUCGCUCCUGGGCGCCCCCUGCAGGCGGUGUCCGAGGCUAAUGCAGGAGGAGCCGCGUGCGUACCGGGAAGCCCCGGAGAGGCCCCAGCACUGGGAGGGACCUCGUGGGAGAACUGCCCGGCGGUGCCCUGGACAGGGACCUUGUCGGGAGGGACCGAAGAAGGAUGACCCGAAGACAGGGACACCCCGUUGGGAAAUCUGGCCCCUGAAAAGUGUGGCAGGACAUCGGGCGGGGGAGGAGUCAAGCAAGGUCCAGAAGCUACCUAUGGAAACCGGUGCCAUAAAGUUAGGGCUUUUGCUUCAGCCCUGAUUCCUCCUGAAGGACCCUGUGACCAUCCUGAUAGGCUAGGAUUUUAUUACUGGUGAGCAGGCCCUUGAUGAGAACGCUCUUGUGGUGAAUCAGAAUUCUGUUUGGACGUAGAGUCAGCACUCAGGCACUCGACCUUGUGUAUAGAGAGGCAUCUAUAUUGAACUACCUUCUGUUGCUAAUACUACAGUUUUACUAAUACCUCAUGGCACGGUGAGGUGUUUUGUUGUUCGUUUUGUUUUUUGGGGCAGGGUCUCUCUGGAACUUAAGUCUGUAGACCAAGCUGGCCUGGAACUCAGAGAUCUGCCUGCCUCCUAGUCAGGGCUCAGGUUAGAAGGCUAGGAAAACUUGCAUUCAUAAUAGAAUCGCUCUGAAGAUAUAAACCAUUAUUUUGAUAAUAAUAUUACUGGGGUUAAAGAAUUUUUGAGUGCAAAGUCCUAAUUGCUCUGGAGAUAAAUCAUUAACUUUAUAGUCACGAGGGGAUUAAUGAUUUUUGACAUCUUCUGAAGUCUCCACAUGGCCCCACUUUUUAAGCUCUCACAGUGGGAGCUGAUUUCAAUAUGAAUUUUACAGGCGUCAAACCAGAUCAAUAUUAAGUGAUGAUUCCAUGUUUCUGGCCUAAGUGACUCUUACACUAAACCAGAACAGACUAUUCUGAGUUCUUCUCCCUUACUGUGAGAAAUCAGGCCAGGGUUUGAUUCCCAAUGUCCACAUUGCAGUUCACAAAAGUCUGUUAUUCUAGUUGCAUUGAAUCCUUUCCUCUGGCUGCUACAGGUACCAGGCAAGAAUCCAGUGUACAGACAUAUGUGCAGGCAAACACUCGAGAUAAACGGUUUUGUGAAAUGGAUAUUUAAACAGGGAACAUCAUUUUCCCCUGAUUAUAUGUACUUAGGUUUUGUUUGAUGACUGUAGAAAGUUCAUAACAUGUACAACAUAAUAUUUUAAGAACAUAAUAAAAAUCACUUCAGAAAGUGACAGGACAGCUUUUAGAAGUGGUUUCUGUUACCAAAUACUAGAAACUGUCAAGUUCUGUUAACUAGCUGUGCUGUCCUCAGCACCAGUAAGCUGCUUCAGGAAGUGAACCGUUCAGUGUAAAUAGAAGUAACAUUUUAGGUUUUGUUGUUUUAGUUGUGGGCCUAGAUUUGCUGGCUGAGCCAUGUUUCAUGUUUUUUAAUGGCAGCCAUUUUUAUAUUUUGGGUUUUAUUCUAGAUGCUCACUAUAGCUUUGUUUUUGUUUUUGAAACAAGGUCUUACCGUGUAGCUCUAACUGUCCUGGAACUCUCUGUAGACCAGGCUGACCUCAAACCCACACAGAUUCAUCUGCCUCUGCCUUCUAAGAGCUGGGGUAAAAGGCGUGUGCCAACAUGCCUAGCUGAUGAUGCUCACCAUAGUUAAGACAACAGUUGAUACACAUAAGUGAAGAUAGUUGAAUUUUAAUGAUAAUCAUGGUAAUUCUUGAAAUAAUACUUAUACAAAAUGAACCAGUAUUGAUUAAUUGGCAUUUUACACACAUCAGCCAAGAAAAUGAAGACAAACAAAACCCCAGCUGUCAAAGGCAAUCUACCCUAAGUACACUAUGGUAAUGUAUUACAAAUGAAAGUCACAGAAAUGUGGCUGGGGGAGGGAUGGGCAGGGGCAUGACUGUUCUAUACACAGUCAGCAUUGUCAGCCAUGCAUGUCAGGAUGAUAAGGCAUCAGGUUUCCAGGAGAGAAGCUAUUCUAGAAAAGUCAGUAAAGGCUCUUGAUAGUUUUAUGUCUGUUAAACCAGGCCGAGGCUACAUCUUGGAAUCUGCAGCGAUGAACAGGCCCUCCUUCAGUCAUGCUCCCUGCUCUGGAGGAGCUUCAGGCGCAGAGUCCAGCCAUGUGUGUACGUGCAUGAUAUCGGAGCCUCGGGAGUAGGUCUUCAUCAGGCUUAAUGAUUUGCAGAGAUAAAAAUAGGCAUAGGAGUAAUAGUAACUGCAUUCCUGGUGUUGGCAGUAUGUCUGCCCAUCCUCCGGGCCACUGGUGCUCUGCCCAUUGAUUUCACAGAGGUUGUGUUGAGUGAGAAAGACUGUCCAGAGGACUGUUUUUCACUGAGAAUGCUUUCUUAUGCUUUUAAAGAUAAAAGAACAUGUCCACUGCUAUUCUUAGGCAUGAUGAGUAUCUGUUUGAAGGGUUUGUCUCCAGCAGGCGUCUUAUUAAUCUCUCCAAAGCCUGUUGUGAGCACCUUGUGUACCUUAUCAGAGCUCCAGUCCAGGGAGUUUUCACCAUUCAUCCGGUCGCUCCUUUUCCAAAUCUCACACCAACCAGCGAAUAGUUAACCUGACUAACUGAUCAGAUAGACCAUCAUCAUUGGAUUUCAGUCUGAGCCCAUUUUUUCCAUCAUGACCCUUACACAAAAUGACUUCAGGGUCCCCUCAUUUAAUUCCUGCUCACAAAUUCCAACAUCAUUACCUAAUAGAGGUGUCACCGCCAAGUUCACAUGGAAGGUCUUGAUACCAGCUGCCUCUUUCUUGUGCUCCAGGGACCAAGGUCAGAAUUACACGUAAUUCCUCUUCCUAUAAACUCAGUUGUGUGUAUUUGGAAGCAGUCUGGACAUGGUUAAGACAAAAUAUUUCCAGGACAGGCUCCAAAGCUACAGAGAAACCCUGUCUCGAAAAACCAAAAAAAAAAAAAAAAAGACAAAAUAUUUCGUUUCUGAAUGACGGGAGCAGAAGCCUCUGUGCAGUAGGUAAGCUGCCAUGGUUGGUGGAGAAGCCUCUGUGCAAUGGGUAGGCUGCAUGGUUGGUGGAGAAGCCUCUGUGCAGUAGGUAGGCUGCAUGAUUGGUGGAGAAGCCUCUGUGCAGUAGGUAGGCUGCAUGGUUGGUGGAGAAGCCUCUGUGCAGUAGGUAGGCUGCAUGGUUGGUGGAGAAGCCUCUGUGCAGUAGGUAGGCUGCCAUGGUUGGUGGAGAGGGCAGUUUGGCUUAGAGUACUUUGUUUACCUACAAGUAUUCAAGAGAAGGACCAAAACACAUUAGUUUUCUUUUCAGUUCUUUUUAAGACUGUAAAGACCCACGCUCCCCACCUCCUCCAACCUUGAACUUCUGACCCCUCUUCUGACUGCCUAGGAACUGGGUUGUAGAUGAGCAUCACACUGGUUUUACACAGUGCUCAGGAUUGAACCCAUGGUUCUGUGCAUGCUAGUCUGUUCCUCUCCCAACUGAACUGUGUUCUAGGCUCUCUCUUCAGGAUCUUUUCUUUAUAAACAGCUUUUUAAUUACUUUAAGAUUUUUAUUUUCAAUUUAUGUUUAUAUGUGUAUCUACAUAUGUAUGUGAACAUUUGUGGGUGCCCUAGGAGCUGGAGUUACAAGUGGUUGUGAGCCACCUGGUAUCUGUUGGAACCAAACUCAUGUGCUCUGCACAAACAGCAAGUGCCCAUAACUGCUCAGUCAUCUCUCCAGCCCCAUGAGGAACUUUUAUAAAAACUCUGGUUAAACAGAACAUAGGCCAAGCAUGGUGGAUCAAGUUUGUGACCCCACUGCUAGUGUCAGAAAAGCGGUAGGAUUGAGAGUUCCAGGCCAGCCUGGCUCGGAAGAUGAGAAUAACAAAUAUUAAAAUGACACAUUUAGCCAUUUUUUUUCUGUGGUUUUCUUAAUGUUAUUCCUGGUUUGUCUGGUCAACACCACAGCAUUGGUUUGGUUUUGUUUGAAGGCUGGGCUGUUGUGUUGAAGAUUAAGCACGGCCUUAUCCAUGCUCAGCAAGUGCUUGAUCACUAAGACAUUUUCCCUGCCAACAUGACAGCUUUUAUGGCUAUUUAGCCACACCAAAUCUUGCCAUUGGCUGGAUAAAUUGUUCUCAAUCUUUCACGGUGAUAAAAGAACAUUUUAUCGUCCUCAGACUUCCAUUUAGUUCCUUAAGGAAGAAAACUAAAACUGGAUCCUCCAGAAAUAAGGGAUGAAUAGAGCUUAGCAGAUUGGCCCACCAAAGAAUAAGCUAAACGGUACUUUUGAAGCUCAGUAAGAGAGCAUGCUUAGCCUUCAUAAAGCCCUACCCGCAAUCUCCUUUAAAAGAGUGAUGGUUGAGAUUGUUUUUAGAAUCUACUUUGUGUAAGUGUGGCCUGUCCGUCAUACCGAGGACGUUACUCACAGCAGCUGAGCCCUCACACCGAGUGCACCCUGUGCUGCUUUUGCACCCCGCUGGUCGUCUGAGAUAGCAGGUGUGAGCCCGCACACCUGAUGAGAAUUAGUUCACAGUCUUACAUGGUGAGUCGAUUCCAUGUUGGAAACCGUAUCUUUGGGUAAAGUAUUGAUUUGAGCAUUUUAACUUAAUUUCUUAUAUCUGUGGCCAGGUUUUGCUAAGGUGUAAAUGAAAGAGAUUAGGAAUUAGGGAAGAUGCAGUGAAUUAUGCUCUUCACAAUGCUAGGGUAAUCAGAGAGCCAUCGUUUUCUGGCAUCCUCCACUUGGGGUCUGCCUGGGCAGUGGCCGCUUGGCCAUGCUUAGAAGCCACCCAUCUUUCCAGACAGAACUCCAUCCACUUCCCUUGGCUUUUCCCAUGAAUGGAAGAGCCGCACUUAGGAACUCCAGUUACGAAGAUGCCAAUGAUGACGUUUUUGUGUUAACAGUUGUGUAGUUUAUAGGAUUAUCUUGUUACUCUAACCUCCACCUUGACAAUAGCCUUCAGAGUCACCUGAGAAGGGAGUCUCAGCUGAGGGAUUGUGCAGCUUGUACUGGUCUGUUGAUCUUUCAUGAUAGAUGCCUUGACUCUUGUGAUGUAGAAGGGCCUAGCCCACUGAGGGCAACACAAUCCACAGGCACAUGGUCCUAGACUGCAUUAAAAACGCUAAUUAAGCAGAAGCUAGUGACUGGGUCAGCAAGCAGUGUUCCUCUGUAGUAGAAACCUUUGGGUUCCUGAACGUGUAAGCCAAAUAAAUCCUUUCCUCCCUCAGUUGCUUCUAGUCACAAUGUUUCAUGACAGCAGCAGAAAUGAAGCUAGGACAAAAACAGGAAAUUAGAAUGCAAGGAUUUUGUUAAGUUGGUUACAGAGGAGUGUAUUUUCACCAGCAUUUCUAGGUCCUGGGGAUGGAGGUACAGAGCAAGUCUAGGAUAGCGAGAGACAGAGAGGAAACCAGUGGGGAAGGUGGAUACCAUCUUUGACAUAUAACUCCCUGCUGUGGUCUUUUCCUUUUGUCCCGUAGCGUCCUCCUUGUCUAGGAAAUGGAGUUCUCUCAGCAGCUGGACCUGUUUCCUGAAUGCAGAGUGACCCUUCUGUUAUUUAAAGACGUAAAAAAUGCAGGAGACUUGAGAAAAAAGGCCAUGGUAGGAUCUCUCAAUGGCUCACUGAUAAACCCUAAUGUGAUUGUCGAUCCAUUUCAGGUACUUGUGGCAGCAAACAAAGCCGUUCAUCUCCACAAGCUGGGAAAAAUGAAGACAAGAACUCUGUCUACUGAAAUUAUCUUCAACCUCUCCCCUAAUAACAACAUUUCAGAGGCUUUGAAAAAAUUUGGCAUCUCAGAAAGGGACACUUCAGUUCUGAUUGUUUACAUUGAGGAGGGAGAUAAACAGAUACACCAGCAACACCUAAUAUCUCAAGUGGAAGGCCAGCAGGUGCCUUUGGAAAGCCUUCCAGAAAUCACAAAGCUCUCGGAAGUCAGAAAGGCGUAUAAACUGUCACCACAAGAAGAGAGUACUGGGACAUUAUUGGAUGCUAUCAUUUGUAGGAUGUCAACAAAGGAUGUUUUAUAAGAUUCCCAAAUACCAACACAUGAUCUCAGAGUUAACCAUUAGCUGUUCUUUCCUGGUUAUGAAAUUAACAUAUUCAUCACCAAAAAAGGGAAAAAGAAACUAUAUCAGCCUGCUUUUUCACUUCUUAGAGAUAAUUCCUGUCGAGGUAUUUGUCAUUGUCUUCUAGUUUUCUGUUUGUACUUCAACAUAUUUAUUUUUUUAUACAAUUGAAAUAAAAAGUGUAAGCACCUAAUUAUA